AUGACGGAAGUUUCGAGCUUCAUCGGGAGAAAAUGGCAUGGUGAAUCCGAAGACCAUAAGGAAUUCUACAGAAAAAUUGCCAAAGAAGUGAAGGUUUUAUAUGAAAAGAGGUACAUAGAACUUUUUUCCAGCCCCAAUAACGGUCAUGUGAAUCUCAUUGCUAAGAAAUUCAGGAAAUCUGAUAAAAAAAAAUCAUCAAAAAUCACCCCUUCAACCCUUCCACCGACGCAAAUACCUCAAUUACCAAUUCCAUUUCCGGUUAGCUCACCUCAUAUUAUAGAUAGUAAUCAAACUUUUCCACGUUCACUUUCUCCAUAUAUAAACAGUAUUGUCAAUAGCGGAAGAUUAAUGAAUGGAAACUACAGCAAUAACAAUUAUCAUGAUAAUGAUAAUAACUCUUUAAUUUGUGAUAGCAAUAUGUUACUAAUGUAUUCUGGGGAAAACGACGACUAUCCUCUUUUUUUAAUUUCAAAUUAA